AUGAAUUCGAAGCUCAACAAAAGUGGUGUGCUGACCAGCCAUUUGGACUAUUUCUGUCUUGUAUGCGAGUGCCGAUUUGACAAUGAAGAUGAAACGUUUGCACACAUAACUAAGAAACAGCAUAAAACGAAUAUUUCCCUUACAGAAUAUUUUGAAGGAAAGAAUGAACAUUGUGUAAGAAAGAUUAAAAAAUGGUACUACUGCGAAGUUUGCAACGUUCUACUUUCUACAUCAGCAAGAGUUAGAUUACAUAUAAUAGAGCCAAGCCAUAUUGAAAUUAAAAACACCAAACUGAUGGGAAGACAAGAAAAUUUCGUCGUUGCUCUUACGAAUGUACUAAUAGAUGACAAAGCAUGGAAUGGAUUCAUUGAUGAUACUUGUGUUAUUUGUAAUACAGAAUUUGAUAAUGAAGACAUUCAUAAAAAUGAAUCUAAUCAUAUAAUUAAAUUAAUUCAAACUAAAGUUGAAUUCGACUCAAACAAAAACAUUUUUCGGAAAAUUGAUGAAAGUUCAUUUCAAUGUUUGACAUGUAACGCGGUGGUUGCUUGGAACACAAAUGAUUUUCAUUUUGAUAAGACGGAACAUUUAAACCUUUACAAUGAAAAUUGCAAGUCUGCCGAAAAUAAAACAUCAAAAGUAAUUGAAAAACCAGAUAUUACAGAUAAAAAAUCUAAAAAUCAACAACAGAAUGAGGAAGUAGUUUUAGAAGAAAUUAAAGUUCCCGAUAAUGCUUUAAACACAAAAGACAAAGCCAGGGUAAAGAAUAUUAAUAAUAAUCCGGAAUCCACCAUCGAAAAUUCUGGUCCAAUAGAUGAUACAAAGAUUUGUGAAAUAUUAAAAGCAAAGAAUUAUAUAACAACCGACGAAAAGGGAAUGACAUGGUGUAUUCUCUGUAAUUGGGUUAUAGAGGCAUUUGCUGUUAAUGCUCACUUGAAUGACCUUCAUCACCAAACCAUGCUAAGGUUGCAUAAGCAACGGAUUUCCAAGCUUAAUAUAGAUAAAAAAUCAAAAGAAAUAUCUAAAAAUAAAAAUGAUAAUGUCGAUAAAAUUACUACACAAAAUAUGGACAGUAAUGAAAAUCUUGUUGAUUCUGUUGAUAAAUUUCAAAAAGAGGGAAUAAACAUUAAUUUUGAGUCUAAAACUGUAGAUUGUAAGAAAUGCUCAAAAGGAUUAGAGUUUGAUAUGCAAUUGAUUGAAAAACAUGUAGAAGAACAUACCAAAACAGAUAAACAAAAAAAUACUCUUAAGUCUAUUCAACUUACAUCUGGUUUAGAGUCUUCGAAAGGCGAGGAAGGUACUAGCAAAAAUACUUGUUUAUAUACAACACCUGUAUUAAUAAAAAAAACUGCAGAGAAAAAGCAAAAGAAGGAAAAUGAAGAAGCAAAAAACGAUAAAGAAUCAUCGCCUCCAUCUGAUAUCGAAGACCUGGAUAAUUUUGUCAAAGAAAAUAAUAUGAAAUACAUUGGCAAAAAUAAAAUACAUUGUAACAAGUGCAAUACUGACAUGUCAUCAUCUCUUAAGAACAUAAAAGAGCAUGUUGCGGGACUUGCUCACAAUAAAAAGAAUGAACAAGAUUUAGAAAUUACUAAUAGUGAGCCGAAACAAAAGCAACCUGAAGAAAACUGCAUUCCUUCAAAAAUACCAAUGGAAUUAUUUGUCCAUAGUGCUAUCACUAUUAAUGGGGUUCAGAAGGAUAUCGUGCUUAAUGAGAAAAUAUGUAUCAACUUACUCAGUUUUUUAUUAUUUGUUAAAUAUGGAAACAGACUUAGAUGUUUGGGCUGUAAAAGUAAUCUUCGUUAUAAUAAUUAUGAGGCACAUAAGGAUAUGCCUCACCAUAAAGACAUGCUUUCAGAGUCCUAUAUAAUUAUUGAAGAUGAAACCGAAUUUAUAAGAGAGAUUCACCCUGGCAAUUACCAUUGCGGAUAUUGCAAUAUCUUGGAAUCAUCAUGGCAAGCAAUGAAAAAACAUCUGAAGACCAAUGCACACAUUGAGAGCAAAACUGCAGCGCAAUGGCGUUUACAGCAAUAUUUGCCUGAGAUCCAUAUGCAUCGCUUUCAGAGAGAAAUGCAAGAACGAUUCAUGAUGGAGAUGUUUUUGGGAAGAAUGUUUCAUGCUCGGAAUAGAGAAAUCGAUUUUGAUUCUGAUUAA